GACAGGUUAAAUUUUUUCAGUUUUAUUUGAGAUUUUUGCGUGGAGGACGUGUUAGUUGUGUGCCGGUAUUUAUUUUAAGAAAUGCUAAAUUUCUUCUCUUUUGUAACAGACUGCUGGACGUUUUCUGACACAAAUCGUUCGUGAUAUCGUUACAUUUAUCAUUUUUGAUUAUUUUUCUUUGUGAACUUCGCUGUAGUGUGUUUUAUUUGAGUUGAGUGGCUGUGCAUGGUUUUGUCCCCACGGCAGGAGAUUUAGACCGCAGUUCUACGAUUUGAGCUAUUUUAAGAUUCCUGUGAUGUUCUUCACUAAUUUUGUGAUGUGUUCCCGGUAAAGGCGUGUAUCUUUAGUCAUACUCAACAUGACGUCGUAGGGGGUGGAAUAUUAUUCGUAGCGAGGAGCUGGUGAGCGGCGGGCAUGGGCGCGGCGGGCCCGUCGGACGAGUACACGCCGCCGCGGCUGGCGCGGCUGCUGCACGCGCUGCCGCACAUCAACGUGACGCUGCACCGCGUCAACGACACCUUCGCGCCCAACUCGCCCAUAUAUCUAGAGAGCUUGGGGAUCCUCGGCUCGAUACCUGGCGCAUGGCUCAUCCUGACCCUGACGGUGUUGCUCAUAUAUUUGCUCACGAGAUGCUGUGACAGGAAACAAAGGCCGCCAAGGAGUAUCACCGCACUUAAGAUAACAUUGAUGAUAUUGUCGGUGCUAUGUUGUGGGGCAAUCGGCAUUGGGUUGUUCGGCAACGACGACCUCCACAAUGCGAUGCUGCAGAGCAUCCAGGCAGGCAACAGCCUUGCACAGCUAGUCAACACUGUAAAGAAUCAGUCAAGCAUUCUAGAAGAAGCCAUGGGAUCCAGGGCAAGAGCUCCUCUAGCACGUCUAGCGGACGCAUUAGACGCCCCCGUAGCCAACCAGACUGCCUUGGGCACUCUACUGAGGGCGCUGUCCGCUUUGAGGAACAACGCCAGCGCGGCCACUUCCGCCGCUGACAAUCUCCGCAGGCCACUGGCUGCGCUGAAUCUGGAUGCUUUUAUGAAGCGGCUGUGGGUGUGGGAGGCCGCGCGGUGGGCUGGCGGCAUGGCGGGCUGGUGCUGCGGCGGCGCGGUGUGCGUGGCGCUGCUGGCCGCCGCCGCGAGACGGUCGCGACGCGCUCUGCUUCUACUAUGCGUAUGCGCGCUGGGAGCGCUAGUGGCGUGCUGGGCGGCGGGCGCAGCGCUGGCGGCGGGCGCGGUGGCGGCGGCCGACGCCUGCCAGGACCCUGCGCGAGCCCUGGCCCUACACGCGCCGCACAGACUACCCGUCGAUAUGGUCCACUACUACCUGUCAUGCAAGGUGUCCCGCGAGAACGUGCUGACCGCAGAACUGAGGAACGCGCAGCGCGCGGUCGUGGCGGUCCGGCAAGCGCUCGCCACACUCUCACGAGACGCGCCGCGGAUGUUUAAUGAUCCCGGACUUACGCCAGCCCUGGGAGCGCUGGGGGCGGGCACGGGCGAGGCGGAGCGCGCGCUGGUGUCGCUCAGCGGAGCUUUGGAGUGUCGGAUGGCGCGAGCGUACUUCGUGACCGCCGCGAGAGCCGCUUGCGAUGGUGGAUUGCAGGCGUUAUCGCUCCAGCUGCUGGCAGCAAUCUUGGCGGGAUUUUUGUUCACCGCUAUCGUUCUAGUCGAUUCUCACGCUUGGAUCUACAUUAAUACUAAGCGUAGCGUAUCCGGGGAAGAACAGGCUCCGUUCUUAUCAACGGGCAGUGCGGGCUCCCGGACUCUGCCCAGGCCGGCUCCGUUCCCUAACGGGAAACCCCCCUCAUAUAGUGCCGCGGUUCAGCUCAUGGACCUCGCCGAUAGGGACCGGGAUCGCGAGCGACCGAGAUCCCGUUUGUCGGGUAGCGCCACGCUGGGACGAGCGAGCGGUGGCAGCGCUGGUCUCGGCGGUGGCUUGGGUGGCGGCUUGGGAGCGCUAAGUGGCUCGCACACUCUCGGCCGCGCGCCGCAUAACGGCAAAUACGCCACACUCAGCAAGCAGUGCAAGACGCUCGAGAGCAACGAUUUCUACUGAGAGCGGGCGGGCGGCGCGGCCGAACACACUGCAGGUCAGGCAAACCGCACAGUGCCCCUGAACCGGUUCGACCCUAAGUACGCAUCUUUCGGUCCGCGCGCGCCGCGCCCGCGCCCGCCCGCGCCGCCGCCCGCCCUCGCCACCUUCUCGCCCGACGCGCCGCGCACCCACACCCACGCGCAUCCCGCGCACGCCACCCACCCCACACACGCCAGCCACGCCGCCCACCCCACACACGCCACCCACCCCACGCCGGACAAGUACGCGACAGUGCGUCCGCAGCGCAGGACUGACCCACAGCCGCUCUCCGCUGCAGCACUCGAGUACAGGAGCCUCCAACGCCCGCGACGUCAACCCAACAACAACCAACGCCGACAACGACAACAACAACAGCAACAACAACAACACGACCAACGCGACCUCUACGCCGUUACCGAGUUGUAGCAGCGCCCCAAGCAGGUGACGAUACGCCUCCGGUGCGACGAUUGUAAAUCUGCUACCAAACUUUAAUUUGUGCCGAUUCUGUGCGUUAUGUAUAUGACACUAAAGGUUAUUUUACGAUAUACCUAAUCAAGUGAGUUACGAUUUAUUUAUACUUUUCGUAUAUCCAAAACAGAAGCCAGUUCAAGAAAACGACGAAAGACAUUACCUACCAAUUGAACAUCGUUAAGUGACAACCCUGAUGUACUCUUUGCUGAUGCAUCAAACACAGCACGGAAUUUGUUAAUUGUACUAGUUUAACCAAACGAAGCUGUGUUUUACAUGUAUGACUUUAAAGAAUCAAGUGAAUUAUAAUUGCGCUAUUUAUGCGUAUUACUUUUCGUAUACCAAGAAUAAACAAGUUCAAGAACUGUAACCGAUCGGAGACAUUAUCUAUCAUCCGAAUAUCGUUAAGCGAUAACCCGGAUUAUAGUCUUUGCUGAUGCAUCUAACACUUCUUUUGUACUGUACUGUAGUUUUGUUAAAUGCACCUUAGUGUUCCAUAUGAGAAGCCUAACAUUAUGUGCGUUACGUCUAUGGCUUGUAAAGUUUGUAUUACGACAUAACCACCUUGGAUGGUAACCUACCGCCUAUGGAUUAUUUGCGGUAGGUACCUUUUGUGCAACCAGAUGUAUGACAAAAGCUCGAUUUUACGUAAUCAUAAAAAAAAGCUUGUACUGAAAAAAGGAUAGUUUUUAAUGAUCACUUAAACGUUUGUUAUGCUGCAUCAUAGUAACGCAGUGUGAAAAAACUGAAAUCGAGUUUAAAAUCAAAAAUAUUCGGUAUUACAAAAUUCGUUUAGAUCAAAAAUUUUAAUGAUUCAGUGUCUUUUCUUUGGAUAUUGCAAUACUAUUGAACGUUUUGGUACAAGUAAUUAUACUAGUUAUGAAGAAAUGGCCUAUGAUUCUGUCGUUUUUAUAAGACUUUGCAUUUUACAUUCUAGGGACUUGUGCCUAUGUUGGUAAAUGAGUGAAAAACCUUUUGUUACCAAAAUGGAACAGCAAUAAAAUCGUUGACAACAUCCAUACUAAUCCAUACUUCUAUGCAAAUAUAAUAUUCGCAUUGACGUUUGGCAUAGAGAUAGCUGGCAUCUUUGAGAUACAUAGGAUACUUUUAGCCCGGUAAAUCAAAGGGGUUUAAAAAAAAUGCAAUCGAUGAAUCAAGUCGGUAUUGAUAAAUGGAAUAAUAAUAUGUUAUUCUAUGUCUGAUGUUCAUUGUCUCUGAUGGUGUCAGUAAGUUUCUACCGAGAUAAGUCGAUAAUGGAUAAUUUAGAGGCUCACAGCUAUGUAUUUGUGUCCGGCUGUCUGUAUAACCUAAGCAUGACUGAUACGAUAAACCUUCGCAGUUUUGUGUCAACAAAGCUUUGUCGCGUUGAUUUUACUUGGGCCGUUGUAAAACAUCCCUGAUUUCGAAAGCAAAAUGUCAAAUGUAUAAAAUGGUAGAAGUUGUCAUUCGUACUAUGUCGAUGCAAACGGUUUGGCAUCUGCCUUAAACCAUAUUAAAACAAUGUGUACAAACUGUAUUUUUCUGUAUAUAUCCAUAACAAAGUCCACGGAAGGCUGUGCUGUUGAAUAACAUUACUAAAAUAAAAAAAAUCCCCGACCAAUAUCUUCGCGUUAUAAAAAAAAAUAACGCCUUAGGUAAUUUUCUGUUUUGUCGGUGCGGUGUGGCGCAAUAUCGGCAUUCGCGGUGACGAUAUGACUACGCUAUUGGUACACACUGUAACGGUAUAAACGGUACCGUAAAUGUUGUAUCGGUAUACGCUGUGUCAAUAUACGUCGUACCGCUAGACGCUUUGACGUCAUGCGCGGUAUCUAAAUCGGUAUUAUUACUCAGGUGACACCGACAGAGCAAGAAAUCAUCUAAAUCGCUAGACUGCGUCUUUUUCUGACUUUUUUUAGACUUUUUUCGCUCAACGUAGGAUUAAGAUAACUUAUUGUAGUCUUACUUUAAAAGUAACGAUCACAAAUCGACCUAAAAACGAUUUCGACGGAAACAGUUUGACUUUGCAUUGUAACGGACGAUUUUUUUUUAAUCGGAUGUAAUUAGUUAAUAACUGUGUUAACUGAUAAGUGAGUAAAAAGAUAUAGAAUUAAUUCAAGUGCGAAUAUUUGGAGUUUUAUAUUAAAUUGUAAUGAUUAAUCAGUAAAAUCAUGGAAUAGAGAGGUUACAGAAGGUCCAUUCAAUAAAACGUUCGCUAAUAAUAAUAGAUGCACUCACACAUAGACGCACGCAACGGCGCUUGCUUCAUUAUUUUACCUUAGGUGUUUAUUAGACGAUAUGUUUUACAUCUGUCAAUCAUGAGUGAUAAAAUAUGAUUGAUGGAGCAGAGAAUAGCUAGUUAAAGCCGUGACUGUAGCAAAACUGACCAUAAAACCUAUCGUCUAAUGGACGUUAUGGCAUUAACUCGUUGUAUGUAUAUAACUGGUGCCAAUAAGGAAACGAAUCGAAAAUGGCGGUGUUAAACGUGUGUAGUGCGAGUGAGGAGGAUUUAUUAGCAUCGCUAUAUCCCCCCAUACUAUACUGUAAAUAUUGUGUGUAAUAUACAAGUGAGAGGGAACGAUUUGCGCCGCCAUUUUCUCCCUCUCACGCACUACCUGCGUAUGCUAUGCGAGGGAGAAGAAAUGAUUGGCGUCGCCAUUUUCGCCCUCUCACUUACACAUUACUUGUGUGUAGAUACGAGUGAGACUGAUUGAUCAGAGUCGCCAUUUUCUCUUUCUCACACACAAUACUAGUGUGCGAGUGAGAUGGAUUAGCGUCACCAUUUUCGAUUCGUUUUAUUGGCACGAGUUAUGUGUCUGUGUGUUUGCGCGUCCUUUAACGCGCGUUUUAUUAAGUGAGCCUUCUAUUACUUGUCUAUUUUGUGUUAAAAUGUAGAACAAUUGGCUGUAAAGGAGUCGAGUAGAUCCAUGUUUGAUAUCGACAAGUUACGAGAUAUUAGGCGGGAAAAGGCUUGGAGUCUUACUUGUACAUCGUAUAUAAAUAAAUUGUAUAUAGACAAUGAAUAUAAGUGGUGUUUGCGGGCUGUUGAUAUGGCUGAAGCU